AUGGUGUCCGCAAGACUAGCACCCGUUGCCCGGGCUCGGAUAGCUAAAGCCACUCCUCAGUUCGGCUCAAAACGGUUCGCACACGACCUCAUCAUCCAAAACAACCCCCGAGGCGGUACGCCCACACCCAUCAUCAAGCAUGGUCCCGCUACCGGCGGCCGAUCAUCGGUAUCAGGCCAUACCGUGACUGUUUUCGGCUGUACGGGCUUUUUGGGCCGAUACCUCGUGCACAAGAUCGCCAAGCUCGGGACGCAGGUCAUUGUGCCCUACAGAGAUGAGGACGAGAAGAGGCAUUUGAGGGUGAUGGGUGAUUUGGGACAGAUUGUGCCGAUGGAAUGGGACGCGAGGAACCCGGAUCAGAUAUAUGAGUGCUUGAAGCACUCGGAUGCGGUGUACAACUUGACUGGAAGGGACCACGAGACCAGGAACUUCAAGUUUGAGGAUGUCAACGUCAAAGCCGCUGGUCUCAUCGCCUCGGUCGCCGCUCAGGCAGGCGUGUCCCGCUUCUUCCACGUCUCUCACCUCAACGCCUCACCCGACUCUGCAUCAGCCUUCUACCGGAGUAAAUACGCUGGCGAGCGGGCAGUACGGGAUGCCUUCCCGGAAGCUACCAUUGCCCGGCCUGCGGGGAUGUACGGUCACGAGGACUGGCUCCUGAAUGCCAUGGCUCAAUACCCCAUCCUGUACAAGCUGAACAACGGCCGAACCAAGAUCCUCCCGGUACACGUCCUCGACGUCGCCCAGGCUCUCGGCAUCAUGCUUACCGCCCCUCUCACCUCUACCGCCUCCACUUUUGCCCUCGCUGGCCCCGCCGUCCACACCUACAACUCCCUCCUCAACCUCGUCGCUGCAAUGACGAUGAACCCACCCAGUACCGCCCCGACCGUCCCCAAAGCGGUCGCCAAGGCGUUUGCGACCGUCAGCAACCGCGCGCUCUGGUGGCCCACAGUCAACGCAGACGAGAUUGAGCGGAAAUACAUUGACGACUUUGGCGUCGAGCUCAUGGAGGCCGCGGCGGCAGAGGAGAAGCCGAGUGGGUGGUCUGUCGGGGAUGGGAAUGCCAAGAUGGUGGGGAUCGACGGCGAGGCUAUCAAGUCGUGGGCCGACCUGGAUAUGGAGCCGGACCACGUCGAGGAGCACGCCAUCAAGUUCUUGAGGCGAUACCGUGCUGCAUCCAACUUUGACAUGCCGCUGGAGAUGGGCACCCUCAAGCCACCAAAGCAGUACCACGUUGUCCCAUAG